AUGCGGCGGAACAACGGUUGGCUGGCCGUACUGGCCGUUUCAUUGGUCCUGUCAAUUCUGCGGAACAGUUUGGCGGGCGAGCGUCAUCCGCUCGAUUAUGGUAACGCCGAGCUGCCAGUUAACCGCAGCAACACCGCAUAUAAACCGUCCUCGCGAAACCAAAACCCCCUGUCCCCUCCAAUCCCGUCCUCAUCCCACGCCACCCAAAUUCCAAGAUCGACUCAACAAAAAGGCGUCAUCCUCUCGUCCAAAGAAAGGACGAAAGCAAUCCCCUACCCACCCUCCAACAACCUCGUCCAGACAAAUCGUCCCGAUGAGGACCCCGUCUACGAUCUAUCGAUCCCUGAGAAUCGACGAGAAUCGAAACUCGUCCAACGACCACGUAACAAUCCUCGACGAACAAUCGAGACGAGGCUUCGAGAAACGACCAGUCUCCGCCCGAAUAUUCCGGAACAGCCGCGUUCAUCCUCCUGGAUACCUCGAGCCGUGAUAAAGGGCAGAUCCAGGAGGAUCAACCCCGCGAAACACGGUGAACCGGCGAGGGACCGUAAAACGACGACGACGCCUCGACCACCUGUGACGAUUCGAGGGAGAGAGGGGGCGGUUUUGGGGACAUCGUAUUACGGUCACGUCGUCCCAAGCGAUGACGAAUCGUUGACGACGACUUCUGGAGCAUCGAGGGAUCCCCCUCCAGAUCUCGAGAUAGAGAGAGUGAACGGGGUGGAAAGUGGGGUGCAAAGGGAUAUUAUUGGCUCUUCGAAUCACGACGGUGGUAAGAUCGUCCGGAAACGAUACUUAACGGGAUACUCACUGUUUUCUAUCACGAUUAGUCGACGAGCGAAUACGAGGAAUAAAUUAACACUGGGCUCGAGAAGGAGGUUGAAAAAUAGACGAGGCGCAAGAUCGAUCUAUGAUCGGGACAAGAGAAGGUCGAUUAAUAAUUUGGGGAGGAGGGGAGAUGGAGAGUCGAGGAUAAAGGUGGAGGAUACUUGGUAUUUCUCGAGACACGGGGAUGGAGAUUCGCGAAACGACGGAUUCGAUGAGGAGUAUCGUAAUCCGUCGAGGAUGGAAGAUCUGCAGCGAGGAAUCUCUCGUGGAUCGAUGGGGGCUGUGCGAUACGAGAGUACGCGCCAGUUGAAUGGAACCUCGAAACGGAUAUUAGCCGUAGAUAACGAUCGAGAUGGUACUCGUUCCAUCGAUUCAGCGCGAAGCAAGAGAAAUAUUGUAUCGGUCGAUGAUGGCGUCGCUUUCGAGUCAUCGGACGGGGAGGAGAAUUCAUGGAACGUUACUCUUUAUGGGGCGAGCAACGGUGUGGAUAAUAUGGAGGAAGAAUUGAAGUUCGAUUUUUCUCGAGACAACGUUACGGACGGUUUGUUGGACGAUCGGAUGUUUUCGUCGAGUGUAACAGAUGUUGCUUCGAAGCCGGAUAACGAAUCCUAUUUCGUGAGACGAAGCAUCGGGGAAAAUUCUAACGUCGAUGGAUCGAAAGAAUCGAGCUUAAAUUGUUCGAGAUCGAAGGACGAAGCACGAUCCACGAAUAUUAUGAAAAAUGCGAGUUCUGUCGAUGGGUUGGAAGACUCGAGUACGCGGAAUUCUUCGAAAUUGGAUAACGAAUCCUAUUCCACGAGUCGAAAUAUCGGUAGAAAUUUUAAAGUUGAUGGAUCGAAAGACCGUAAGAGUGUAAGAAACGUUUCGAAAUCGGAUGAUGGAUCGUCUGCUGUUGGUGAAAAUUCUGUCGAUGGAUCGAUAUCGAACGUUCCAAACGAAAAUUAUCCCGUCUUAAUGUCGAACGAUUCGAUGAGCCGUGAUGCAAGUACGAAUUCAACAACAGAGGAGGCAAAGCUAGAAAAAUCAAGCGUGCCGGAUAAAAAUCGUUCGACAACAAAUGAAACCGAUUGGACAAGGUGCAACGCGAAUUCAAACGAACGGACGAAAUUACAAGAAUCGAAUAUACAACGUGGAAACGAUACCGGUGAAUGGAACAACGAAUUUCGUUCGAUGAGCCACGAUGAUACAAUUACAGAUUCAAUUAACGGGACAAAAUUACGAGAUUUAAAUGGGAAUUAUUCCCAAUUAAUGGAAAAUAAAUUUCGAUCGGAAUCGAGACAAAACUUAAUUACAGAUUUAAUUAACGAUACUCCGAAUAAAAGUUAUUUACACGUUACGUCAAACGAUAAAUCGCGUUUCAUCGUUCAAGAUACAAACAGAAUAUCAAACUCGUCGAGCGAGAAAAAAUUCGCAGCGUUAAAUUUUUCCGAUACGAUCGUUUCGUCAGAUUCGAACGAUAAACAAUCCACGUCGACCGCGCCCGAUAAAAUAAUUCUCCAAAACGAUACGAAAUUUACAUCGUCGACAAUAAUUAAUUCGAACGUCUCGAAAUUAAACGACUCGUCGUCGAAAGGAGGCGAGGAGUUGGAGACGUCUAAAACGAUUAAUUCGCAGCUUGCAGAUUCGAAGCUUGCGAACUCGAAUAAUAAGAGCAAGGAUCGAACGGAUGGGACGGAGUUAGGGACUCGGUGGGCGGAGAUUGACGGGAAUGGAGAAGCCUCCAUUAAACCUGUGUCGCAAGAAACGUCUAUGCUAAGUAGCGUGACAAAGGGGUCUAAGAACGUCUUGGAGAAUUCCGUUCGUGGCUCGGUUGCGGCACCACGGAAUCCCGCGUAUUUAAAACACGAUGCGAACAGUCUAGCCGAAGGCGGCUUCGUCUUCGAGAGCACUGCCCUCUCCGAAUUCGAGGAGAAGAAUGCCAGCGAUCCGUUCGUCCAAGCCUCGUCGACGAUCACGGAGGAGGGGAGAAAAUUGGUGGGAAAUUCUAACUCAAAUUCUAACGCACUGCCUGAACCCCCAUCUAUUAACCACGAGAUGGAAUCGAAGCGAUCCUUCCCAUUUGAAAGAAACGGCGAAUCGUCCAACAUCACCGUCAUUUCUCGAAAAGACGAAGACUCGAGAAAGAAAAUCAAAGGUGGAAAGAAGAUUUCUGCUGGGAAAGAAACUCACGAAUCUUCGAGUUCGAAUGGAUACAACGAGGCGAAAAAUUUCCAAGGAUCGCUUAACGACUUUCUAAUUGUUCCUGGGAGGAAAAAGUCCGAGGAAGGGUUGGGAUUCAUCGUUGGGGUGAAUCGAGAGAAUAUCGAGGAAAAUUUCCAAGAAAUUAGGAAGGAAUCGAUCGCGUUUGUUUCCCCCUCGAACGAAGAGGUAAUCACGAUUAAUUCGUUGGAGGAUGGAAUUACUGAAAAUAUGGAUCCUGUUUUCUUAGAGGAGGUGACCGAUUCGAAUCGUCCCUCGAAAGGACGAAAGUCCAGAUCGUCGAAAGUUCGAGCUUCCACGAGCUCGAACCCGAAAUAUAAUCCAACGGCGAAGGCUGAAGAUCGGGCGAAUGAUCAAACUUCCGCGUCAACGUGGAACAAAGACGGGAUCGUUUCGAACAACGUCCCAACUCCGAGUAUCGAUUCCACCGUCAAUGGCCGGGUAUCAGAGCCGGAUAACGGGAUUCGCGAAACUCUACAACUCCCGGAAUCCAUCUCGAAUUCCUCGUUUCGAUCCACGAUAUCAAUUUCGUCGGCGACGAAAGACGAUCAUCCUACCUCGUUAACCGACGUUACGCUGUCGCCGAUCGAGAUCGACCAGUUGCCAAGCCCAACGUUGAUCAACGAGAAGGAGGAGAAUAAGGAGGAAGAGAAAAAGGAGGGGGAGAAGAAGGAGGAGGAGGAGGAGGAGGAGGAGAAGGAGGAGGAUCGAUCGUACGUUACCCCGUACGAGGGAAAUUAUCAGGAUUUCCGCGCGACCGUGGACUCGAUCUCUCGAAACGCUGAUAACUCGUCACACGAGACGGAGCCCCAAUGGCCGGUUAAACACAGCGCCGUGGUGGAAGGUGAUCUGGUGUUGGGCGGUUUGAUGAUGGUGCACGAGAGGGAGGACAACGUCACCUGCGGGCCUGUGAUGCCGCAGGGCGGUGUCCAAGCCCUCGAGGCGAUGCUCUACACUUUGGACAAGUUGAACGAUCGUGGAAUCGUGCCCGGUGUCAAGAUAGGCGCCCAUAUCCUCGACGAUUGCGACAAGGACACGUACGGUCUGGAAAUGGCCGUGGAUUUCAUCAAAGGAUCGAUAAGCAAUAUAGACGGUGCCGAGGAUCAUUGCAAUAAAACUGCCGUGCGAAAAGUUAUCAGCGGAGUCGUUGGAGCAGCAAGCUCAGUCACAUCCAUCCAAGUGGCAAACCUUCUCCGACUUUUUCGAAUACCGCAGGUCUCAUUCUUCUCGACCAGUCCAGAACUUUCCAACAAACAACGAUUCGAAUAUUUCACGCGCACUAUACCGAGUGACCAUUAUCAAGUAAAAGCAAUGGUGGAGAUCGUGAUGAAAAUGAAAUGGAGUUACGUGUCCAUCAUAUACGAAGAGAGCAAUUACGGAAUAAAGGCGUUCGAAGAGCUGGAAGAAUUGCUAGGUAAAAGGAACAUAUGCAUAGCUAUCAAGGAAAAAUUGGUGAAAGAUUCUGGGGUUGCGAAAGAUGCGGCUUACGACAAUAUCGUUUUGAAAUUGUUGACCAAACCGAGAGCACGAGGUUGCAUCAUAUUCGGCUCGGAUCAAGAAGUUGCCGGAGUUAUGAGAGCGGUUAAACGUUGCAAUGCGACCGGUGCGUUUUCGUGGAUUGGCAGCGACGGAUGGAGCGCCAGGGGGUUGGUUAGCGAUGGUAACGAGGCGGAAGUGGAGGGCACUCUAUCGGUUCAACCUCAAGCAAAUCCUGUCAAGGGUUUCGAAGAAUAUUUCCUCAAUUUGACGGUCGAGAACAACCGGAGGAAUCCGUGGUUCGUUGAAUUCUGGGAACAUCACUUUCAGUGUAAAUACCCGAACGCAUCCAUAACUCCGUACAACAAAAAUUACACGAAAUUCUGCACUACGGAAAAGCGUUUGACGAAACAGAACACAGCGUUCGAGAAUCAACUCCAAUUCGUGUCCGACGCGGUGAUGGCGUUCGCCUAUGCAUUUCGAGAUAUGCACAAAGAGCUCUGCGAUGGGAAACCUGGACUGUGCGACGCGAUGAAACCUACCAAGGGUACCGAACUUUUGAAAUAUCUUCGAAAAGUGGAUUUUGAAGGUCUGAGCGGCGACAAAUUCAAAUUCGACAAGAACGGUGACGGGCCGGCCCGAUACAACAUCAUACACUUCAAACAAAUCGAGCCGGGCAAAUACGAGUGGGUCCGGGUUGGCAAAUAUCUCUCGGGUGAAUUACGGUUGAAUAUGUCUGCAAUCCAAUUUAAACUUGGACAUCCCGAGCCACCCGAAAGCGUGUGCUCUCUGCCCUGCGAGGUCGGCCAGGCAAAGAAAUACGUGGCGGGCGAGCAAUGCUGCUGGCAUUGCUUCAAUUGCACUCAAUAUCAGAUACGAGAUCACAAGGACGUGACCCAAUGUAUUUCUUGUCGUCAAGGUACGGUGCCGGACGAAACGCACUCCGCUUGCCGUGAUAUCCCCGAGGAAUUCCUGCGGCCAGAAAGCGGAUGGGCAAUAGGGGCAAUGUCUUUCUCCUCUACAGGGAUUCUGAUAACUCUAUUCGUCUGUGGGGUGUUUCUGAAGCACAACGACACACCGGUGGUACGUGCAUCUGGCCGUGAACUGUCGUACGUUCUUCUCUCCGGGAUCCUGCUCUGUUACCUCGUUACCUUCGCCCUCGUUCUCAGACCGACGGACAUCGUUUGCGGGAUUCAAAGAUUCGCCGCGGGUUUCUGUUUCACCGUGGUCUACGCAGCCCUUUUAACAAAGACAAAUCGAAUAUCGAGGAUCUUCAACGCGAGCAAACACAGCGCAAAGAGGCCAUCCUUCAUAUCUCCGCGGUCACAGCUGAUCAUAUGUUCCGGUUUGGUGUUCGUGCAAAUUCUGAUCAACGGAGUUUGGAUGAUAAUCGAUCCAGCCAAGGCGAUGCAUCAUUAUCCGACCAGGGAGGACAAUUUGCUCGUUUGCAACAGUUACAUAGACGCCAGUUACAUGAUCGCUUUCGCUUAUCCCAUCAUGUUGAUCGUCGUUUGCACCGUGUACGCCGUCCUCACAAGAAAGAUCCCGGAAGCUUUCAACGAGAGCAAACACAUCGGUUUCACGAUGUACACCACGUGCGUGAUAUGGCUGGCUUUUGUGCCCCUGUACUUCGGUACUGGGAACAACGUUGCAUUGAGAAUCACCUCGAUGUCAGUUACUAUAAGUCUAUCCGCGUCCGUAACUAUAGCCUGUCUGUUCAGCCCGAAGUUAUACAUCAUUUUAAUACGGCCAGAAAGAAACGUACGUCAAAGCAUGAUGCCGACUAGAUAUAGCACCACGAAAAGUUCAGCAGUCACGGCUACCAAUGCUUCUAGCAUGAUAGCACCGGUUGCGCUCACUGCGGCUACGUGUGAUCAGAAUAAGGCUGUUAAAAAACACAUCACCACUACCAUUGAUUGCUCCACUCAAAGCGAAUAUUACGAGCUAGAGGUAAAAGAUCAGAAAAAUGGGAAACCACCCUCGGUCGUUUCUCGAUCGACCCAAACCUCUGCCAACAACGACAAAGACGCUAAUGCUGUGGUAACGCAGAGCAAAGAGACGAAGGAUAAUACCACGACAACGAAGCAAUUGAACAAUAAAGCGAGAAUAGGAAACGGACCUAUAAAUCAGAGUGAUGUUCCAUUAUAGCAGCAAACUUCCAUAGAAUCGGCCAUUUUGCCCGCGACUUUGAAACCAAUUUCGAAAAAUCCGGUGAUAGUUUGAAAGGACGCAAAAAAAAAAAAAAAAAAAAAGAGAGAACUGAAACGAUAUUUUAUAAAUACGACUGAAUAUUAAGUUCGAGAUAUUAAAAAAUUAAUAUUAAUUCUCUUUAAAGCUUUGGACGAUGUUUAGACUGAAUGAAGAUGAAAUAUAUUGUUUGUGAAAUUAAGUGAAUUACAAACGAUAAUGGAAAUAUAUAUAUAUAUAUAUAUAAAAUAAAAUUGAUUUUUGGAGAAUGUGAAUGAAAAUAGGUGAUUAAGAGAGAUUUAAAAAAAUAUGUAAAAAUUUUGAAGAAUUGAUUUUGUCGGUUAGCAUAAAUAUAUGACGUUAUGAGGACGCUAGGUACACGAAAUUGCAUCAUAAAAGACGAAUAAUCGAUCUUAAUUAACUAUUAAGUGGCGUUUUAAAAACUGCUCUGAUUUCUUCUGUGAUCAUAGCGUAAUGCACGUAAUAAUCACGUGAGAUUGCAUAAACCUAUUUUGUAUAUACACUAUCAUUUCAUAACGUUUGCACAUUAAUCAUAAUAAUCAUAAUCAUAAUAGAAUUAAUUGAAAUAUUGUAAAUAUUUAGUCGAAUUCGUUAUGUAAAAAAAAAAAAAAAAAAAAUGGGAAUUACUAUCCAAAAUCGUUGCCAAAUACGAAAAUAGGAUUACGUCUAUACGACGAGAUCUUCUAUUAAUAAUUUUUGUAACAAAAAAAAGAAAAAGGAAAAAAGAAAAAAAGGAAACAACGGUUGUUCGAUACAUCGAGAAAAUCACAUUUGUCGAUCUUUCUGUAUAUAAAUUUCUUCCUGUAAAUAUCACACGAAAUAACAGACGAAUAAGUGAAUAAGUUCAAAGCAUAAAACAAAUUUCCAAAUAUGACUAUACGAACUAAUAGACUUUUUUAGAUAAUCUUUUCUCCUUCUUUUCGAUAUCUCCUCUGCAGACUAUAGGAAUUGCUACACGUAGAUUUAAAUGAUAAAAAAGAAAAAACGCAACAAUCGCGUUUCGAUCGAAAAUACGAAACGCUUUACGAUCUAGUCGCUCUAAUUUUAAUAAUCUAACGUUAAUCCGCGCUUGAUCUUUGUAUUUGCGAUUAAAAAAUGAAAAUAACAAGCGACGAAUAACAUUCCGUUUUCGUAGAUGUAAAUACGCGAUGUUGAAGAAAAAUUGUAAAUUCAUUUUCGUAGAAUCGCAAUCGUGCGAUAAACAUAUCCGAUCUAACCCGUAGUUGUUUUUUCGCUAGCGAUAGUUGCGCAAGAAUGAGUAAAAUUGUCGAUCGCUUGAAAAAAAAAAAAAAAAAACAAUUCGUUCCGAAUGAUUUUAUAUAUAAAUAAAUUUGUUCGUGCGUAAAUGUAUAAAAGAUUUCUAAAAAAAGUUUUGAAUUUUUAUAAAACCGAAAGGAACAUCCACUGUCAAACCUUGGAUACAAAUGAGCCCAGUAUCCAUUGUUUGGCACGAUUCUAUUUUCCUUUAAAACAUGAACAACGAUACAUUGUUACAUUGAAACUUGUGAAUUCGAUUAACAAUUAAAAUUUUCACUCGUAAAAUUCGACAUAAUAUAAACAUAUAUAUGAAAGAAUUGUGAGAAUGUGUAAAUAUAUAUUUGACUAUAUUUUACCAACGAUCAUAUAUCAUUCGAGAGUAUGUAAAUAUAUAAUUGUACAUACAAUACGCGAUACUGUACAUUAAGUAUUAAAGCAUGAAACGAAAAUAUUAGUUCAUACGGAACCAAUUUAGCCAUAAUUAAAUUCUAUAAGAGUUUAAGAGACUACGAAUAUGAGAUUAAAAAAAUAAUAACAAGAUGAUAAUUCCGUAACGCGAUAAUUGAUAAUUGUCGUGAGAAAGAGAGAAAACUCUAAGCUAGUUCGCGCGAACUAUUACGAUCUAAGGAUAUUUUAAAUACGUACGAACACUGCAGUAGAAUGACACAA